CAUUCUUCUGCUUCUUUCUUUCUUCAAACUCAGAUUCGUUCAUUUUCAGCCCUGUGUCUAAAAAUGUGGUAUUUAUGCGUUUUCUACCACAGGUUGUUGGAUUACAGAAAACCCGAAGUGGAAUCUCUGGCUCAUCUCUUCGGUGCUUUUGAGGACGAACAAAACGGCGACGUUCCAGCACAGUUGCAGUGGAAGCUCCCUAUUCACCACCACCCCGAUUCUCCUUUCCAUUUUGUCAAUCUCCCUUCAGAGCAAGUCGCUCGCAGCAUUGCCAACCGAAGCAUACUUGUGAAGGGAAUGUAUGAGCUUUGGGGGGAAGGGGGCAGCUAUGAGGAGUUGAAAGAUUCUGUUUUGAGUUACCCUGAUGAGAGGAAGCUGCCAUACUUGGAAGCUGGUAGCACUUUCAAGAUUACUGUUGACAGCUUUGGGAAGGUUAUGAGUCUCGAUGAACAGAAGGAACUCAUUCAAGGGCUGGCUUAUAUCCCUUUCAAGGGACAAGUAAAGUUGAAAAACCCUGAUCACAACUUCUGGCUUAUAGAAAUUGAUAAUUAUGGGCGUAACAAUGGUCUUCCUCCAAUUGUUCAAAGGAGAAUCUUCUUUGGUCGUGAAGUUGGUGGUGCUGAUAGGAAGCUUAUACCAACAUAUCAGUUGAAAAGUCGUACCUAUCUUGGUCCAACUGCCAUGGAUGCUGAAAUGGCUUUUCUAAUGGCCAACCAAGCACUUGCUACUUCAGGGAAACUAAUAUAUGACCCUUUCGUUGGAACUGGAAGUAUUCUUGUUGGAGCUGCUCACUUUGGAGCAAUGACCAUGGGUGCUGACAUUGACAUUAGGGUAGUGCGUGAUGGACGUGGUCCUAACUGUAAUGUAUGGAGCAAUUUUGAGCAGUAUGGAUUGCCAAUGCCAGUAGGUCUGUUAAGGGCUGAUAACAAUCGCCCUCCCUGGCGUUCUGGGCUGAAAGAGAUAUUUGAUGCCAUAAUAUGUGAUCCUCCUUAUGGAGUGCGAGCUGGGGGACGCAAAUCUGGUGGGCGGAAGCUGCUAAAGGGGGCUGUGGAACCGUAUGUUGUCCCUGAUGACAAGAGGACGGAUCACAUACCAUCAACAGCGCCUUACAGUUUAGUAGAGUGUGUGCAUGAUUUGCUCGAUCUUGCAGCCAAAAUGCUCGCAAUGAGGGGCAGGCUUGUGUUCUUCUAUCCCGUAUUGAGAGACGAUGAUUGUGCCGAAACCCAUUUCCCAGAGCAUCCAUGUUUUAAACUGAUUUCUUCUUCUGAGCAGAUCCUUAGUUCGCGUUAUAGCAGGGUAUUACUGACGAUGGUCAAGGUUGGCGCUUACACCAAAGAAAUAGCCGAGGCUGCAAGGUUAAAACACCUCGAGUUUAGGGAGAACCAUGUUAAGUGGUUGCAAGAUGGUAAUCUUCAUUCAGCAGUUUUUAGUCCAAUUGAUGCUCAAUUACCGGAGGCCGGCGAUUCUAAGUUUAUCAAGGAUCCAAAGCCUAAAUACAGAGGGAAGUAUGUUUAGAUUUCUCAGUUAGAUGGUGCUGUCCCUCAGAUACUAUACACAGCACUGUAGUGUUUAGUCCAAGAGGGAAUUUUGUUUAACAAUAUGGAAGCACAAUGUACCUUGUACUGUGUUUGGAUUUUAGAAAUUGAUUUUUUCCCACAA